AGCAAAAAGUAAUUAAAACAGUCCAACAACAUGACAAAACAGUUAAUAUCAAAGUUAUAUAUGCUGUUUGUGAUAUGUUAGAUGAUUCAAAUAAAAAAUACAAUGCUCGAUUAAAAGUUCCAAGUGGCUCGACAUCGAAUUUAAUAUCUUACCUCUCAAGCAAACAUGGUAUUAUACAAGAUGGUCCUGGAUUACCACCUGACAAAGACAAAGUAGUAAACAAAUUUAAUAGAUUACGAAACAGUGACCUAGCAUUUAACGAUGAUAUUGGAUUUAUCGACGCUCAAGAAGAGGAAGAAGAGGAUACCCCUGAAGAAUCAAAUGACAAGCUUGGCUAUUAUCUUUUCUUACCUAACCUCGACUAUAGAGAAAACCCAUUACCUUGGUGGAAUUUUCAAAAAAGUUCUUUAUUUAUUUUUAGUGAACUUGCCAGGCAAUAUCUUACAGUACCCGCAACUUCGACUCCAAGUGAAAGGCUUUUUAGCGAUGCAAAUAACAUGAUGACUAUUAAAAGAACUAUGCUGAAACCUAAGUUAUUCGAACAUAUGUUGUUUUUAAAGCAUAAUAAUGAUGAACUUGAUGAUAUCUAUGUUAAGACAAAUAUCUUAGAC